AUGGCCUCUCUUGCCGUUCUCGCUGGUGCUGCACUUGCCGCCAAGGGCGUGCUCGCCUCCGACUGCAGCGCGUACAAGGUCAGGGAUAUUGAAGGUGCCUUCACCGACGUCGUCAAGGCGGACUUCUCUACUGCCACGGCAGGCGGUGACGCGAAUGCUCUCCUUCAGAGCUUUGGGCUCAGCAUCAGCGACUACCCCGUCGGUGCCGGGUCGGGGUCUGUUGCACACUACUUCAGACCGGAGAACGUGAAACUCGGUGAUGGCUCGCUGGACCUCGUCGUCAACGCCUACGACGGCGGCGACUACGUCUACAGCGCUGAGAUUGCCAGCGACCAGACGACGCUGUACGGGUCCCUCCGUACCGUCCUCAAGUCGAGCGGUGUUCCGGGCGUCUGCGAGGGUCUCUUCUUCUACAAGGGUGACAACAACGAGGCUGACUGGGAGCUCCUCACGACUACGUCGCUUGAGGGUAGCGACACCGUCCCUGCGGGCGUUUGGGCUACCAACCAGGCGCUCCAGGAGGGCGGGCAGUCCACCUCGGUGAACGUGCCGUUCGACUUCGACCCGGCUGCGGAUUACCACGAAUAUCGCAUUGACUGGACGGAGUCCUCGACCACCUUCUACAUCGAUGGCGUUCAGAAGGCCCAGCACACCGAGAACGUUCCCACUCAGGCCGCUAACGGUCUCUGGAACGUCUGGAGCAACGGCGACCCGUACUGGUCUGCUGGCCCGCCCACCGCGGUCUCCAUUACCCACAUCAAGUCCAUCGAGAUGUACAGCGGUCUUGAGAAGCGGGUUGAGGGCAAGGUGUGCGACGUCAACUAA